CGGUCGUCCGGCCCAUUCGUCACCGCCCGAUGGGUUAUUUCAUCUUCAACAUCUCUCACCUUUGACUCUUUCUCUCUCUCUCUAUACGAAAAACGAACCAGAUAAAGCUCUCUCUCUCUCUCUCUCUCUCUCUCUCUCUCUCUCUCUCUCUCUCUUUCUUGCAGAAGAACUCUGUACUUUGUUGUCUUCAAAAAAUAUCUUCUUUCUUCUUUCUUCUUUCUUCUUCUUCUCAGUCUUCUUAGGCCUCUGGAGCUGAAGAGACCUUUUCUUACUGAGAUUUAAAUGGUAUGAGGAGGCAAAUUCACUGAAAUCAAUUACCGCUCGAGAUAAAGAGACAGAGAGAGAUAUUUAUUCUCUGUUUAUAGUAGGAAAGAAAAAAUUCUGAGACGGACACUAUGGCUGGUGGAAACGAAGUCAACCUAAACGAAUGCAAGAGAAUAGUCCCACUCAACACAUGGGUCCUCAUCUCCAACUUCAAGCUCGCUUACACUCUCCUCCGCCGUCCCGACGGCUCCUUCAACCGCGACCUCGCCGAGUUCCUCGACCGCAAAGUCCCCGCCAACUCUUUCCCCGUCGACGGCGUCUUCUCCUUCGACCACGUCCACACCUCCACCAACCUCCUCACCCGUAUCUACCUCCCUGCUCCUCUCGACCCUUCCCGCCACGGCGCCGUCGACUUGACCGAGCCUCUCAGCACCACCGACGUCGUCCCUGUUCUUGUUUUCUUCCACGGCGGCAGCUUCACUCAUUCCUCCGCCAACAGCGCCAUCUACGACACUUUCUGCCGACGUCUGGUCUCCAUCUGCGGCGUUGUCGUCGUCUCUGUUGACUACCGGAGAUCCCCGGAGCACCGUUACCCUUGUGCUUACGACGAUGGUUGGAACGCUCUCAAAUGGGUCAAGUCCAGAAUCUGGCUUCAGAGUGGCAAACACUCCCAAGUUUAUGUUUACUUGGCUGGCGACAGCUCUGGUGGCAACAUAGCUCAUAAUGUCGCCGUGAGAGCUGCCAGCGAAGGAGUUAAAGUCCUUGGCAACAUUCUUCUCCACCCUAUGUUUGGUGGUCUUGAGAGGACUCAGUCCGAGAAGAGACUUGAUGGUAAAUACUUUGUCACUGUUCAAGAUCGUGAUUGGUAUUGGAGAGCUUACUUGCCUGAAGGUGAAGACAGGGAUCACCCAGCUUGUAAUCCCUUUGGUCCUCGAGGUCAAAGCCUCGAGGGAGUCAACUUCCCCAAGAGUCUUGUAGUUGUGGCUGGUUUAGAUCUUGUUCAGGAUUGGCAGCUAGCUUAUGUCGAUGGGCUUAAGAAGUCUGGCCACCAUGUUAACCUUUUGUAUUUGAAGCAAGCUACUAUUGGGUUUUACUUCUUGCCUAACAAUGAUCACUUUCAUUGUCUUAUGGACGAGUUAACCAAGUUUGUGCACUCCAUAGAUGAGGAUAGUCAAACCAAGUCUUCUCCUAUUCUUCUCACUCCAUUGCAACAUGACGAGGUCUGAACAUGCAUGUUGAUGUUCUAUACAUAAAGACAAGAAGACUGGAAGACUAGUUAUGAUGGGCGGGGGGUGGUUUGUAUAGUUUCAAAGUAUUUUGUAGUGAUCAUGUUUUUUUUGUCUUUAUUAGUCUCCUGAAUUAUCAUUAUCAGUCCGGCUUAUUGUGAGAUGGUGUUGGUUGCGCCGGAAGCAAAAACCAAUCCUGUCGUCGGCAUCUACCACCGGUUAAGGCUUAACCGAGAGAUGGUACUUUGCUUUGUAGUAUAGGAGGUAGUCUUUAAUUGGUUCUAGAGUAUAGAGAGUCAAACACAAGACAACUAAUUUGUUUUCAGCAUGUUGUGAGAAAAACAUAUCCUUUGGUAGUGGAUCUGUUAUGUUUAUAUUUAA